GAGUUUGCUUCGUGCCAUGCCUUCUCUUGAGGAGUUGAUUCUGGUUAAUGUAGGGUGGAGAGAUAGGGAUGUGACAGUGUCAAGUGCAAGCCUCAAGACCCUAACGAUAGAGUUAGGCCGUUUUAUAAAUCGUUAGCUAUUAAGAGUGACAAGGGUUGCGGAUGGCAAGCAAUGCCAGGUCUUCUAGGGAACUGUCCAUGUUUAGAAACUCUAGUCAUUGAGGGGGGUCUCAUGCACGAUGAUGUGACGUAUAUGUGCGGGGGUGGUUGUGGCUGCUUUUAUAGGCAGCGCAGAGGACCUUCACUUGGAUGUUGUCCAGUAAAAGUGGUGAAGAUUCACGGGUUUGGAGGAACGGUGAUGAUAAAGCUUUUCUUGGACUAUUUGCCAUGUUUGGAGGAGAUGAGGGUCUAUGUUCAAGAAGAGGAGAAUAGUCCUACUACAGAGCUAGAAGAAAACCACGGAGUUUCUAAACGUGUCUUGGACAUGUUCCAACUUUACAACAAGUCAUCGAGAUCGAGAUGCAAUGUUAAAAUCAUGGUGGGCGAUGUUCUUUGCGUAUGAAGAAGUGUGGCUGAAAAGCAAAACCAUCUUCUAGUUUAAGUUUGUGAUUAAUUAACCGUCUAGAACUACUGUAGUUUCUUCUUCUUGCUUGCUUGCUUGAACUGCUAUAAAAAAAGUGCCUCUCGUUUUUUAUCUUGUCAUGUCAUAGAUCUCAAAAGAAACAGAAGAAUCUUGUUCAUCUAGAGAUUGUUGUGACAGUUUCUUGAGGUUGAUGUUUAAACGUAUGUUCUUUCCA